UGCGCGCGCCGCCCAGGAAGUCUCGCGAGAACGAGCGGCGGCUGCCCUUGUGCGUGGGGAGCCGGCGGGCUUGUGUGGUGAGGGGUCGGGGGUUCGCAGUUAUGGCGCGGACGCUUCUUCAGCGAUACCUGGACAUCCCCGAUGGCACCGAGUGCCACCGCAAGACCUACGCCAGCACCACAAUCAGUGGUGCCGCCGGCCUGAUCGUCUCUGCCUACAGUGUCAUACUCCAGCCCCCGGAUACCUUCCUGGAGGGGGUGGCGAGGACAGGGCGCUACACAUUUACUGCAGCCGCCAUCGGAGCCAUAUUUGGCCUUACCUCCUGCCUCAGCGCCCAGGUCCGCGAGAAGCCCGACGACCCCCUGAACUACUUCAUUGGAGGCUGUGCCGGAGGCCUGACCCUGGGAGCACGCACCCACAGCUACGGGGUCGGAGCCGCCGCCUGCGCGUACAUGGGCAUGACGGCCGCGCUGUUCAAGAUGGGCCAGCUGGAGGGCUGGAAGCUCGUCGCGGCGCCCAAGGUGUAGUCCCGCCGCCUCCUGGGUCUGCGGGCAGGUUCCGAAGCAAAGAGAAAUAAAUUCUGUGUAUACUUGUU